AUGCUCUUGGACGAUGCGCAGUCCGAGCUGCUCAAGAACUGGAUCAUCAAACGGCUCGAGGACGUAAGCGACGCAGACAGUGAUGUUCUCGCCGAUUAUGUGCUUGCACUGGUGAAGACGGACGAGCCUGAAGCGGCCGCGCAGCAAAGUUGCGUCUCCAACCUGCAAGACUUUCUUGGUGACGGCGCGACCGGUUUUGUCGACGAUCUCUUCGCCGCAAUCACCGCAAAAUCUUACGAUCCAUCCUACAAACCGCCCCCACUUCUCGCUACUUCAAACGGAUCGCAACAUUCCUCUCUACAGCCUCACAACAAGUCGCGCAAGCGCGCGCUGCACGAUACCGAGCGCGAUGAGUCUCAGUUCGGACGCCUGAAUGCUUUCGACAGCAGCGAUCGUCCCGUGAAACAGGCGCGUCGGGGAGGAAGAGGAAGGGGAGGAGGAAGCAGAGGAGGAGUAUUUGAUGGAUUCGCUAGCAGGAACCAACAGAUGCAGUCCCAGUCACAAACUCCUGGCAUGCUUCCCUUCGACUUCAGCAGCCUGGACCCGAAUGAUCCAGUGGCUGGGCUUCUGGCGAUGCAAAGAGCUAUGGCCGACAUAAUGCCUGGCUUUCCCGGAUUCGCAAUGCCAGGACUGCCUUCAAACACCAUGAACGGCACGGGCGCGAGACGCUGCCGGGACUACGAUACGAAAGGGUUCUGUGCUCGCGGCGCCUCGUGUCAAUACGAGCAUGGCAAUGAUCCGUUCGUCGUCCCUGGUGGGACUGCUCCAUAUGAUCCGACGCAGGCUGGACUUAUGCACCCGCAGCCAAUUCGUACAGGGAUCGUUAGCACAAUACCCAAUACCCGAGGACGAGGUGAACAGAGAAAUCGUGGAGGGAACGCCAAUUUUCGUGGCGGCGGAAGGCGUGCUGAAUUCUCUCACAACGGUCCAAACAGUGACAGAUCGGUAACGACGGUGGUCGUCGAGCAGAUUCCCGAGCAGAAGUUCGAUGAGCAGUCCGUACGCGACUUCUUCGACGACUUUGGGCCCAUUGAAGAGGUUACCAUGCAAGCGUACAAACGAUUGGCGAUUGUCAAAUACGCGGACUACGAUUCAGCAAAAGCAGCAUAUGACAGUCCGAAGGUGGUAUUCGAUAAUCGAUUCGUGAAGGUCUACUGGUACAAGCCUGACGGACUUCCGAAACCACCCAAUGGCCAGGCAGCGCCACGAAGAAAAGAGAGUGAAGGUGCAGUCGAGCCUCAGAUCGAUCCGGAAGAGCUGGCAAGGAAGCAGGAAGAGGCUCAGCGCAGGCACGACGAGCAGAAGAGACAGCGUGACGAUGCGCGACGUCAAAAGGAAGAGCUCGAGGUGAGGAUGAAAGCGAUUGAAGCAGAGCGCAAGAAGAUGAACGCCAUGCUGGCAAAGAAGGAGGGGAAGGAUACACCCAUGGAAGAACCAGCCAAGGAGGAUAACGAGCAAACAAAAGGGCUGAAGGAGACACUCGCAAAGCUUGAAGCCGAGGCGAAAGCCCUUGGAAUUGAUCCUAUCGCAGCUCAGACUCCGAAUGGCUGUGGACAUGGUGCUUACAUUCCGCGAGGUCGAGGUGGCUUCAGGGGACGAGCAAGAGGCCGAGGAUUCCAUCCUGGAUUUAGAGGUGGCCGUGGUGGCGGUGCUGUCAUGAGGCUCGACAAUCGACCCAAGACUGUCUCUGUGGAGUUCAAAGAAGGGCUGCCUUUCUCAGAAGGAGAAGAAGCAUUGCGCUCAUGGAUCCUUUUCAAUUCUCCCGAGACGAGCACAUCAAUUUCCAAAAAUCCGGAGAAUUCAGAUGCAGCACUGGUUUCGUUUGAACAGCGCUACCAAGGCGAGUCUUUUAUGGCAGCGGCAGCAGCAGCAGACUUCCCACUUGCAGGAAAAAUCGAGCUUUCGUGGUACAAGACGCCAGAAGUCUUGCCUGAUUCAAGAAACGUGGAUUUCAAGAUGGGAAAUGGCACAGAUAAUGUUGCCGAAGAGAAGAUGGAGGCCGAUCCGGACAAUGCGGCAGCUAUGAACGGAGAUGCAAAUCAAGAGCAUGCGACCACCGAAGCCCGCUAUGAUGUUGACGACCGUGACGAUGAGGAUCGUUGGGGCUAG